AUGAGUGAAGCAUUAGAAGAAUCGCUAUGGCAUUUACAAGAAAUAAACGAACUGUUAGAGUCAUCCGUACAUCAGCUGCAAGAGGAUAGCAAACAGAAUGAUGAUCUGACAAAUACAAUGCUACAGUUUAAACAAGUAUAUGAACUUGUACCUGAGUUUGAUAUAGAGCGGGCUAGGAUUGAUUUAAAUGAAGAAGUAGAACCAAUAAUACAUGCUUUAGGAGAUAAAUUGAAAGAGACACUCAAUCGUAGAGCCAUUGAUUUAAACACACUCAAACAGAAAUAUGAACUGAAUAAACUUAAACUUAAUAAUAACUACAACAAUCAAUCAGUUGGUAAUGAUGACAGCAUAGAAAAUGAUAGUGAAUCAGGUGGGGUUGUCGUCAUGGGGUCCACGACAAAUGAGGAAUUGGAAGAAUUGAAGCAACUAAGAGUAAAGAAAGAUGAAUUACAGAAGAGACUUCAAGAAUUGAAAAAUUAA